AUGCCUUCGCUCAAGUACAAUCCUCUCAUUCGACAAAUCAAGUUCCCUGGUCAAGCUAUUGGUGCUGAGAGGAUUAGUAAGCACAUUCGCGCAGUUAUGGCUCGACUGCACCUUCCUUCAGGUUUCAAACCACCUAAAGCACGCGCGGCUGGAUCUACGCAGGCUGUUAAGAUGGGUAUCAACAUUGAUGAUAUUGUCGCACAAGGCAUUUGGCCCUCACCUGCGAUGUUCUCCAAGUUUUACCGACUGUCCAGCAACACCCGGUCAAACUUUACUCAUCGAAACAAAAACCCAUAUUUUGGGUUGAAAGAUCCACAGACUAUAGAGAUUGAGCAACUUUGGAGCAGUACGCUUGCAGGAGCGUGCACAGGAGGGAUCCUUGCAGCAUUAGCACGCGGAUGCAAGGCAGUACCAUCGGGGACCAUUAUGUUUGGAGUGAUGGCGUUGAGUGGUCAAUGGAUCUGGUCAAAGACAAACCGAUAUCGACAGAAGAAGGUUUUGGCGAACAUACCUCAGAUAGAACAAAGUGAGACAUAUCAAACGAUUACUGCUUCUGCUGCAAAGGCAACGACAGGCGCGCUACGGCGUCGGAAUGCUGUAGGGGCUGGACUGUUGAAGGUGCUACCGAUGUUGAUGAAUAUGAAGCAAAGCGCCGACAGAAACUAG